CGUACACGGGGCGGCACGGCCGCCUCUCCCCGCGCAGCCGCCGCUCUGCCGGCGGCCGCCAUGGAGGAUGUCGGCUCGGGCGUGAACGCGGACGCGGAGGUGCGGAAGCUUCAGGAGCUGGUGAAGAAGCUAGAGAAGCAGAAUGAACAGCUUCGCAGCCGCCACGGCGCCUUGCCCGCCGGUCCCGCCAGCCCCAAGCGCCUGCCGAGCGUCGGGCCCUCCUCGCCGCCCCCCGCCGCCUCCUCGUCGCCCGACGGGCGCUGUCUCAGCCCCAGGGCCGCCGCCCGGCGUUCGCUCCCCGAGGAGCCCGGCGGCGGCGAGGCGGGCAGUGGCGGCAACGGCCUCCUGGACGACGCGGCGGUGCUCAGGCCGGAGGAGCUGGAGCGGCUGGCCGGCUGCGAUGAGGACGAGACCGGCUGGUUAUAUACAUCUCCAAAGAAAAAACUGAAUCCACUGCAAAGUGUCAGUCCAUUGGUUUGGUGCAGACAGGUACUGGAUUACCCAAGUCCUGAUGUUGAAUGUGCUAAAAAGUCACUGAUCCACAAGCUGGAACAAACAAUGUCAGCUCUCAAGAGACAGAGUUUGUACAGCAGCCCUUUCAGUGCAGUCAGUUACGCAAGCUCCUACAGUCCAAAUACUGGUAGCCCCUACAGCAGUGGCUUCAACUCUCCCUCCUCAACACCAGUGAAAUCUGCUUUAGUCAAACAGCUCAUACCUCCUGGUACCUCAGGUCAUCUUAAAAUUUCAGGAGAUAGAAAUCCUCCACUAAGUCCACAGUCUUCUCUGGACAGUGAAUUAAGUGCAUCAGAGAUGGAUGAAGACUCUAUUGGGUCUAAUUACAAGCUAAAUGAUGUUACAGAUGUGCAAAUUUUAGCACGAAUGCAGGAAGAAAGCCUGCGGCAAGAGUAUGCAGCCACAGCUUCUCGGCGUAGUUCUGGCUCCUCUUGCAAUUCCACCCGGCGAGGCACGUUCAGCGACCAGGAGCUUGAUGCACAGAGCUUAGAAGAUGAGGAAGAUGGCACACAUCACACAGUGCACCCUGCUGUUAGCAGGUUUUCACCAUCACCUCGCAGUUCUCCCUGGCCUUCACCAAAACAAUCUCCAAGAAACUCACCUCGCUCCCGAUCACCGGCUCGAAGCAUAGAGUACAGUAGAGUGUCACCACAGCCUAUGAUUAGCCGUUUACAGCAACCUCGUCUUUCACUUCAAGGCCAUCCUACAGACUUGCAAACUAGUAAUGUCAAAAGUGAAGAAAAACUAAGGCGUAGUCUUCCAAACUUGUCCAGGACAUCUAACAUCCAAGCUGAGUCUGUGAAAAACAGCAGAAGUGACUCAAACUUCCAAGUGCCAAAUGGAGGAAUACCUCGCAUUCAACCUCAAGCCUCAGCCAUACCUUCUUCGAGUAAAUUCCGCUCGCCUGCGGCACCGUCUCCCUUAGCUCUUCGACAACCAGUGAAAGCGUUCGGUAGCCAUGCACCGGGCUCAGUUGCUUCUCCAGAAGCCGCACAGCUGACGCACAGUAGUUCUUCACCAGGGCCUCUUGCAGCCCAGAGCUCAGGCUUGCCAGGCCCUGCCAGCAGUAUUAACAGCACUACUCUUACCAGACCAGCAGGGAUGAGGAGUGGUUUGCCCAGACCCAGUGCCCCUUCCACAGGGGGCAUCCCAGUGCCUCGUAGCAAACUUGCACAGCCUGUUCGCAGAUCAUUACCCACUCCCAAGACAUAUAGCAACGUGAAAGAUGAGAGUUGGAAAGAUGGCUGCUACUGAUCUGCACAACUUAAUGCAGAUUUCCAGUGCUCAUGGAUACUUCCUCACCAGGCUAAAAGAUUAAACAAACUGUUCAGAUGUGACUCUUGGAAUUUGUAAAAAUUCCAAACCUCUCUGUCUCUAAUUAGCACAAACUGGCAGAGAUUAUUAUAAAGCAGCACUUUAAUGACAUCUAACAUCAGAUGUUUGGUGGUCAUACAAUCACUUCUACAUUAAAUUGCUAUCAGUUCUGGGGGCUUUUUAUUGCUUGCUAAAAAUGUUAUCAAUAUGAGCAUUUAUGAGAGUGGCCAAUGUCAAGGCAAAAAAGAAUGAAAGCCAAAGAAAUGCCCAUCUGAAAAACAGCAAGGAUAACUAUCAACAUACAUUAUCCAAAACUUCAUUUUCAGCCUGUUUUAACUCAGCAGAAGAUUGGUGAAUAUGUACUAUUGAAACAAGGCUACAUGAAUCAGGACUAAUGUUCUGAUUGGAGACUGCUACAGUGCUAGGGAAAUGUUGCUUUUAACAAUUGUAUGAGAUCCCAGCUGGGACUGGAUUUGUCCUUCAGUACUGCAGGAAGAAUCAGCAGUUACUCUGGAGAAUUAGACAGAACAGGGGGUUGUAGCCAUGACUUUUAUCACAUUAAAGGUUUCAGUGUAGCAGACACACAAUGCAAUAGUACAGAUUGCAUCUUUCCUAUGUUGAUUUAUUGGCUUUACCUAUUCCUAUGUUUGAUCGCCAAAAGGGCUUAGUAUCAGUUGUACAAUCUUUCUAACCUGAAAUUCCUGUCUCAGGAAAGAUGGCCUUCACUAUUGUAGCCGCAUUUUUAACACAUGGCUUGCUAUUUGGGGAAAACUUUGUUAAUAGCAGGUUUCCUUGCAAAAGAAAGAGCAAGUGAUAAUUUUGAUUUGUUAUAAUACCAUACCGCAUAUACUUGCAGCCUGCAGCAACUGUAAAUGCUGAUAGUUAAGGAGAAGGAAACACAACUAUGCACUUGUAACAUACAAAUUUUAAGGAAAUUAGUUGACUCUUGAUGCCAAAUGAUAUUCAUUUAGGUGAUGUUCCAUGGUAUGAGGGAGUUUUCUGUAUCCUAUUUUUUUACUUUCAUCCAUUUCUUAAAUUGGUUUAUUUUAAAUUGUAAAUAUUUUUACAGAAGAUAUUGCCCAUGUAAGUGUGUUUAAAUAUAUACUUUGCCUUACAUAUGUGUUUCUUACAUUACUGGUAACAGAGUAUGAAACCUGCUGUGUCUGUUUACAAGCUAUUAAACUCCUCUGGUGCUCUGACCUUACUCAAAUACAUUUUGCUCAGAACAACUGAUAUAUUUAGCAUUGAACCAUUGUUUUCUGUUUUGGAAGACAUGCAAAAAUCUGUAGCUAAAGUUGUAUUGGGUGGGACUAGUUAAGUGGAAGGGAUUUUGUUUUGAAGGUUUUUCAAUAUUUUGGAUGUACAGUUGAUGAAGUAAGAGAAUGUGAAUGGUAUAUCCUUUGUGCAAUGACUGACAAACACUACAAGUCAGAUUGGAUGGUAGGUAGCCUUCAACCCCAUUAGUUAGUGAAUUUGGGACUGGUGGUGUAUUUUGCCUCCCACCACUAAGAGGAUAACUAAUCCUGAAAUUCUAGCACUUGAAUUUUAGGCCAACAUUAACAUAUUCCUGGAUGAAAAGCCAUGCAAUACUACUUGACUUGGAAGAAACCAAAUAGGAAGGAGUGGAGACUAACUUGCAACUUAAACUACUCAAGCAAGCUCUGGGUUGUUGGGUGACUUCACAUUCAAGACCAAGAUCUACGCUAAGAUUUUAAAGAUUUCAAAGAUUUCCAAGUUGGGGUGUCAAAUAUACUGUAAUUGUCAGAUUCCAGCAGAAGCCACCUUUCACCAGUACAGAGUAGUACAUACCACUAAUCUAGCCUUGAUUCACCUGCAGGUACAGGGAAUGGAUGUCAGUAUCUCACAUCACUGCUCAGCAGAAGACAGGACUAGAUCAAAUGUGCAUAUUCUCAGUAAAGCCUGAGUUUUAAUAUUUCAGCAUUUUACAAAUCAAUGCUGCAGUCUUCACUGAAGAAAGGGGAAUUUAAAUUGAUGGAUUUUAUCAAACUUUGCUUGACUUAAAAAUUUUGAAAGUCAGUUUAGAUGACAAUAUUGGGGUUUUACCAUGGCUGCAUCAAACUUGUGUACGUUUCCUUAAGUUAAGUAAUUCAUUGCUUGGGUAAAUUCAGCUUGAGUUUUAUAGGGAUGUUUCUCUGCUAUUCCCCCCAAAAUACAGCAAAUGACUUCCUGAGAAGACAGACUGUCUGUUUGCUAAAAAGCCUUUGUGCAUUACCAGUAUAUGAUAUCAGGAAAUCAUGGGGCUCUGUGUUUAGAGAUUUACUGCAGAAUUGUGGAAAUAUGGAUUUGAUAAAAUAGUGCCUAUGAUUUACUUAACUUAUGUUUGAUAUAGUAGUAAGGGGUUAUGAAUGUGGAUUACUUUUUGUGCCAACAGCUUGGAAUUGAUGUAUGUGUGUAGGCAGAAGGAUUUAUUCUGCUCCCAAAGUUAUUUAAUUUUUUUUGUGUUUGAAUGUUUUUGUAAGUGUUAAAAGUGUAAAAAAAUAUAUAAAAUAUUCUUACCACAAAAUACUCCCUGGAUCAUUAUUUUUACAUCAAAGUUUUAAAAACUUUUAGAAAUUUAGAUAAUAUUAUUUUAUGGCUUUUUUGUCUGGUUGGUUGGUUGGUUGGUUGGGUUGUUUUUGAGGAACUGUAUUCACUUUUCUAGAGGUUACCAGUAUUGGUUUCUGCCCACUGUAAUUCAUGAACUGAAUACAACACUGUAUUUGGGUGAAAUCUGUGAUUUCACUGACAGACAGAGGUGGAGUUGUGCCUCUGCUCUGGAAAGAUACUGCGUAGUUCAGACUUACAUGAAAAACUAUUCUAAAUUUUCAUCCAGCGUGAUUUGUGUGGGCAGUUUGAAGUAUAUAAGCCUGCCUUUCCCUUUUUUCAGGAUUUGUGCUCAUUUCAGACCACCACAUGAAACAAAUUUUAAUUUUGAAAAUUCUGGAAUUUAUGCAGAAAAUUGAGCAACGUAGAAGUGUACUUAAUAAGCCCCCUUGGAACUGAUAAAAACACAUUUUAUCUACCUUCUACAUGAAUGCCUCCAUCUUUGGCUUGCACACAAGCAUGAAGUUUUGAACUUGGUAUCUUUCUGUAAUCUGCAAUGGAGGCAAUGGUAAUAUGAAUGCCAUAUUUGUCUUAUCUUGGUAUUAAUAACAGCAGGUUUAAUUAUAUUUGGUAGCCACUUAAUAUUAAAUUUAGCAAAAUUUAAGCUGUAAAACUUCUAAUUAAUUGUUUAUCCCAGCAUAGUCCCUUAUUUUGUACUUAAGCCAGUAGGUUAAAAUGUUUCCCCCUAUGUAUUUAUAUAGAACUGGCUUCAGACCUGCUGCUUCUAAAAGGUGUUGUCACUUUUUAAUCGUGCAGUCAAGUAACAUUUGCCCCACUCCUUCAGCAAAGUAGAGCAGUGUCAAAAUCUGGUAAUUAAUAGCCUUUUGCCCUUCUCUUUUAGUAGGUUUCUGUAACAAGCUCUUCUAUAUUAAACUGUUGUUUAUAAUUAGUAUCAUCACCAUAUUGCAAGACCAAAGAUUAGAAAUAAUAUUUUUCUCAGUUCUCAUUCUGUGGGAAGGUGUGACAGCUCCUUUGGGUUCUCCUACAUUUCAUGUGUGUUCCCCUCUAGAGAGUGACUGCAGUGGUGAAGGAAAAAAAGCAAUGAACAUUUAAGGAGGCAGAAGGCUGAAAAUGCUUCUGCUUCCGGUCUUGAGAUGUCUGCACAAUUUAAUAAUUUAAACUUACUUUUUCUUUCUCAGAAGUAUUUGCGUUAAAACAGGUAUGGGAAAUGACCAUAUCAGCAGUAUUGUCUGCAGUUGUCCCUCUUUUGAUUGGAACAGAACAAACCUUAGAUGUAAUGUUUACUUUUUAAGUAAAACAGGCAACAUGUGAAGUUGCUUUGAUUUAAGAAACGAACUAGAAGCCCUACCUGCUCCUGACUUGCAUUUAUGCAGCUGUGCAAUCCGAGUCUGACACCUACAGGCAGCCUGUCUGUACUCGUCUUGCUUCAGGAAAGUGAGGCUGGGAUUCGGCUGCUGUCGGGAACAUUCAUGUUUUACACACAGCUGCCCAGUGAAAAAGAUGCUUUUGGCUUUAAGAUGAACCGAAAUUCCACCAGACUCACUCUCUACAAGAUUUUUUACAACUGUUUUCAGCUGUGAUACCACAUAGAGUUCUGCUGUGUGUCGUUUGUCCUCUUUGCAUUAAAUGAUAAAUUCUGUUGGGACCACGUUAAGCACUUUGAAGGACACAAAAUUGUAACUGUAGUGAUUAAGAUGAUUUGUAGCUCUUCAGCAUUUAUUUAAAGGAUUUAAGGAAGAGGUAGCAAAAAUUACUUCUUACCAGAAAAGUGAUUUUUUAACUUGGUGUAUCAUCCACCUGUUACAAACUGAAUUUAAAAAAUAAAAAGAAAAAUUUAAAAACUGGAA